UUAAAACUGAAAAUGAAGCUUUUUUCUUUGAUUCUCCUUUUCUCUUUCUUGCUCGAAGCCUCGGCACAAAGUGGAAACCGUACCCCAAAUCCAACCCCCAGUACUGAUGGCGGCGAUGUUAGCAGCAUCAUAAGCUCAUCUCUUUUUGACCAACUGCUCAAAUAUAAGAACGAAUUCUAUACUUACAAUGAUUUCAUCGCUGCUACACGAUCUUUCAAUGACUUUGGCACAACCGGUGAUGUUAACACGCGUAAAAGGGAGAUUGCUGCUUUCUUGGGUCAAACCUCUCACGAGACCAGAGGAGGGUGGCCAAAUGCAACAGAUGGCCCAUAUGCAUGGGGAUAUUUCUUUGUUAAAGAAAAUAACACGACAGACUAUUGUACGCCCAGUGCAACUUGGCCAUGCGCUCCAGGCAAACAAUACUAUGGCCGGGGACCCAUUCAACUCACCCACAACUACAAUUAUGGGCAAGCCGGUAACGCCACUGGAUAUGAUCUCUUAAAUAAUCCGGAUUUGGUAGCCACAAACGCGACCAUAUCGUUCAAGACAGCCAUAUGGUUUUGGAUGACCACACAGGAAAAAAAACCAUCCAGCCACGAUGUUAUCAUUGGGAAUUGGACACCGUCUGCCGCCGACAAGUCAGCUGGUCGAGUCCCAGGUUACGGUGUCAUCACCAACAUAAUCAAUGGCGGGAUAGAAUGUGGUGGGCAUGCUGCCGAUGAGAGUGUGGCUGACAGGAUUGGGUUCUAUAAAAGGUAUUGUGACGCAUUCGAAGUGAGCACCGGGGACAACUUGGAUUGCUAUAAUCAAAGCCCUUUUACCUAAGAUCGAUGCAUACCCAAGUACUGCACUUAUUAGCAAGUAACCACAUGUAAUUGGAGACUAUAUAUUUCUCUUGU